CGCACAACACGACGACGGACACGACUUUAGAACCAGUGUGAAUAGUGUCAAGGCAGAAAGACCGUACCGCUUGCCACCGCCUCAACUCUCGUGUUUGAACCUGAUUCUGCUGUCGCCGACCUUUGAAUCUGUCUACCGAUCUGAAGGCUGUAAGUGCUGUCGUUCCUUCUCCAUCCAUCCACUCCUCAUGUGUAAUAUUGUGUGAUCUCAAGGCAUGGAUGUCACGGUGCGCCUUGGCAGAAUAAAAUAUUGUAAUCCGAAUUGAGUAGGCUACAGUCUGCGAGGAUUUAGCACUGGUUUACACAAUCAGCUAACUUGACAUUCAAGUUGCAGGGGAAAGUGUAGUCUAGUGCAAUUAAGCUGUGGAAAGUGGAAACCGACCUGACCGUAACUGCAACCGAUAUGUUUUGACGGGUGAGGGUCCGACUUCGGAAUGAAGGCGGCCGUACAGAUUUGGAGACGGCGGCCCUUCCAGCGGUUCUGCUGUUGUGGAGUUGGCCUUCUCGCGGUCAUUUGGCUCGCACAGGUCGCGCACGUGACAGGUGAGUUUUUCCACAAGGAUUAAUGAUGUGUGCAUUUUGCAUAAUGUAAAUUAAUGUAUAUUAUUGCUUGUAUAUGUGUGGUGUUUUUAGCAUCACAUAUUUUUACUAUUCCUUUUAGAAUUGAUAACAUUUUAGCACAUUUUCAUAUCUUCACAGAUUUUAUUAUAAUACCCGAGGGGGAAAAUUAUCGAUCUGUCAGCUCAUUCACAUUCUUAAUUCAUUCAAUUUACAACUAAAUACUGCCAUCGGCUAAAUAUGCAAGAUCAUUUAAUUUCUCGCAAAAUAAUCAUUAUAUAACCAUAUUGAUAGUAGGCUGUAUUGGAUGAAAGAGAUAGAUUUGGAACCAACAGAUUGGAUGAUCUCCUCCCCUGUCCCAUCCCCCAAUAUUCUGCAGCUAGAGUGUGCGUCACAUUGAACUUUCAGCAUUAUUUUUUUACCAGGUAAAUUGACUGAGAACACAUUCUCAUUUACAGCAAUGACCUGGUGAAUAGUUAAAGGGGAUGAUUAGGUGAUCAUGAUGGUCAGAUUGGGAAUUUAGCCAGGACACCAGGGUUAACACUGUAAGUCGCUUUGGAUAAAAGCAUCUGCUAAAUGGCAUAUUAUUAUUAACACCCCUACUCUGAUGAUAAGUGCCACGGGAUCUUUAGUGACCACAGAGAGUCAGGACAGCCGUUCAACAUUUCAUCCAAUAAACAGCACCCACAGGGCAAUGUCCCCAAUCACUGCCCUGGGAUAUUUUUCUUGUCUGUUUCUUUUUGACCAGAGGAAAGAGUGCCUCCUACUGGCCCUCCAACACUACUCCCCACAGCAUCUGGUCUCCCAUCCAAGGACCUACCAGGACCAACCCUGCUUAUCUUCAGAGGCAAGCUAGCAGUGGGAUGCAGGGUGGUAUGCUGCUGGCAUCACCUCCCUGUUCCAGCCUGGUAUCCUCACAGGACCUCUAAUUUCAGGCAAUUACCUGCACAGAACCCCCUAGAGCUUCCUCUAGUCUAACCAAUUACUCUGAUGGAACCCAGAGAACACAUAUCCCUAUCAAGCAUUGCAUUAAGUAACACUGAAGAUAGAUGAUUGAAAUUGCACUGAAGUGAAAAAAUAGAUAUGCAUAUAAACUGUGCGUAAAGGGAUGAGUGUAUGAACAAAAGAGAACAUUGACGGGAUGCAGUUAUUCAUAUCCUUUGUAUGAACAGCACAUGGUCAACAUCUAGCCCAAGGGUACUCAACUCUUACCCUACGAGGUCCGGAGCCUGCUGGUUUAUUGUUCUACCUGAUAAUUAAUUGCACACACCUGGUGUUCCAGGUCUAAUUCAGUCCCUGAUUAGAGGGGAACAAUGAAAAAAUGCGGUGGAACUGGCUUGGAGGUCCAGAGUUGAGUUUGAGGGAUCUAGCCAAAGGGGCUCUAUUCUCUACAGACCUUGGUCUACUGCUCUAGGUCUCCUGGUUUCCUCUUGGAGGAUGGAUUCAAAUACUCAGCUAUGAAGCAACAGAUGGUCAGGUACAAUUCUUCAAUCAGGAGGUGUGUGUGUGCGUGCGUGCGUGUGAGAUUGUGUGGGCCAGUCCUGUGAUUUUCAGGUUGAGAGAGUAUGAGUUCAUGUAAUGAUUCAUAGAUUAAGCUAUGACACAAACCUUCUGACAACCAGUGUUCGGAUGUUGUUCAAAAUAUCCUUUAAUAGCUGUCAUGUUCUUCAGUUUUCCCUACUAAACCUUCACUAUCUCAUAACUACCAUCAUGCCUUUAACCCAUAUCUUCAUUAAUAGGCCUAAUCUUGGGAAAAAAAUAUGAGUAAUUAUUUAAUGUAUCUUUCUAAUGGCAAAUGGCAAGAUGUGUAUUACUGUUAAAUGCAUUCAUUUGACAUGUUCAUCAUACAGCAUCAUUCUAGUGGUAGGCCUACUAGUCGCUAUAGUAGAGCAAUUGUUCUUGAAGGCUGUUUCAUUGAUUGCCAGUUCCAGUUUAGUUUGAGGCGUGACCAUACAGAUGUAUGAUCUUAAUUUGUGGCAGUUUGAUACAGCACGAAAAUCAUCCUGCAGCAACAGGAAAAUGUGAACUGUUAUGUGGAUUAUAAUGAAUUUUUAAAAAAUUGUAGGGGUUGAUACAUUUUUCCUUAGAGCAAAUGAAGUCUGCAAUUUUAAAGUGGAAAUUAUAAACUUUUGAAGCCUUUUUAAACCUUGAAUGUACUACAAGUUUGGAUUUCCUGCUGCGCAGGAAAAUUCUCGGCAACAAUGCCUACGAUGCACCAGACAGCUCAUCCUGAGGAGUGAACCCCACAUCUUCAAUAGAAAGAGACGUGACUCAGGCCAAAGUGUAGUCUUCGUCUGGGUCUGGGUUGGAGCCCUGUGUUCUGUGAUGUGUGGUCGUGUUGUGAGUGUGAUGAUGGCGGCGCCGUCUGUGACAGAGGCCCAUUUGAAUUUCAUAUUACCCAGGUUCCUCUUGACGCCUCCACAUGAAAGCCUCCGCAUCCCCACUCUCAGGCCUAGUACAACACGCUCGUGAAACACGUUGAUUGGAGUGUAAAGUAAAACAAAGCGGACAGUAAUCAUGAAACAGACUGGACACAGAGAGCGAUCAAGCUAUCUCUUAAACAACCGGAGUAGAGGGUAAUGGCCCCCACCUGGCUGGCUCGGCUCUGUUCUGCUUGUCUCUGGUCUGCUCUGGUCUGCUCUGGUCUGCUCUAAUCUUCUCUGGUCUGCUCGGGCUCUGGUCUGCUCUGGUCUGCUCUGCUCGGGCUCUGGUCUGCUCUGGUCUACUAUGGUCUGCUCUGGAAUGCUUUGGUCUGCUCUGGUCUGGUCUACUCUGCUCUGGUCUGCUCUGGACAUAGAUCUCAGUGAGUGGCAGCAGUUAUCUCUCUGUGUUUCAGGAGACAAUGACACAGAUACAGUACAUCAGUGGAGGUCCUCACUGUUGAUGCUGUCCUUCCAUAUAUAGUGGUUGAAAGCUGAAGUCCAAAUAAAGAGAUUGGCUAUCAACAGAGAGAUACAGAACAGGGAUUUACACCGUGAGGAGAUUGCAGUGCUGAUAUGAUGAAUGGCUUAUGAGUGUGCUCAUAAAAGAUUACAUGAUCUCCUCUGCUGACCCUCUCCGGUUGCUUCCUCCAGCCUCUAUAAUAAGCUGUCCAAAUGUAUCUUUAUCAUCUGUCACAUCUUUACUAAAACACAAGCCUUUGAAUGUUGUGUCCAAUAAGAUAGUGUUUUGUCUUUGGACCGGUCUUUUGAUGAGCCUACAAACCAGUUGACUUACAUUUCAACAGAGCCGGAGUCGUCCGGGUCUCAGCUAGAAGAGGAUGGUGUUCCAGUUCGUUCCAGACGCAGGCUGAUGCAGGAGGAGUGGCCAGAAGACAACCAGACCCUGGACCUUCCUAGACCAGGUGAGUCAGCCUCACAGCCUCACAGCCCCAAACCUCUCUCCCACCUCAACCUCCACUGAUGGCCCCUGAUGCCCACCGAUGGCCCCUGAUCCCCAUUCUAGACAAAAGUGUAUGUUCCCUACCAUGUCCUCUGGCAUACAGCUUUAGAUGAUUGUCUCCUCAGAGAAUAACAGCUGACAGGGACCAUUCAAACUGUAUAGUCUCUCUGUACUCAAUAGUCUUCCCCUUAGCGUUAGCUGAUUAAGUAUAGAUUCCAUAGGAGCCCUACAAGUCCUGAAGACAUAUCGAUGCACAAACUGUCUGUUGACUAAAUAUUUAUUUCCCAAACUGUGUGGCACACUUGUGGGGGCUCCAGGAGGGUCUAAACUGUGUAGAUGUGACUUGUGUGUUAAUCUGUUUGUUUGUGUGUGUGUGUGUGUGUGUGUGUGUGUGUGUUUGGGGAAGGCGGUUAGUGAGGGUAGGCUGUGUGUAUGCUGGUGAACCUUGGCUCUCCCCUGCGGGUUAACUGAAAAGGUCAUGUGGGCCGAGGCAGCAGUGCAGUGCUUGUCAGGAAUCUGUGCUCUGUAAACUGUGUGUCACAAACUUGGCUGCCCUGCCGGCAGAAAGGUUCUGUCUAGAGUGGUUAGAGCAGCAUGCCAGACUUGUGCAAUGGAAGAAUCAAGGAAAUAUAUAAACAGUAAGUAAACAUGGUGGAGGACAUGGGGGGGUUGAGAAGACAGCUAGGGAGGAGAGCUCUGCAGCAGGACAACAGGACUGAGCAAUGCACAGUUAGUGAUUUCAGUCUGCGAAAUAAAUUAAUGAAUUGCAUUCGAUACCAUCUCCCCGAGGACACCUGCCACAAUCAUUCUAGUUGUGCGCUUGGCAGAGGAAACUAUUAAUGCAAUAUGUGUACCUACAACACCAAUAUAGCAAGCACUUGAUGUGUGGUCUUUCUGUUACAAACAGACCUCCCUCAGUAUCUUUGACAACGACACAUCUCCCUUAAAGAUGGGUCAUAUGGUAAAUGCAGGUCGUAGAACAAGAGGCUGAUGGAUCUGUGGGCAGGUAGAUUACAUUAGCCCUUUCAGAGGGGCUGCACUACUCCUAGGCUACAGAGCUCAGGGCAGGCUACUCCUCUUUAUCUGCACGUAAGUCCGCUCUUCUCUGCUCACUGUAACUGCUAAUGAUUACAUAAUCCAAACGGCCAGCUCGGACAGACCUCUAGGAAUAUUAUCUUGGGGAUAGCGUAAGGGAGGUUUCAGUACCUCCCCAAUCCCUUAUCUCCCGCGGUUUCCCCUCUAUUGCUCUCUCUCACUUUAUUUCUGUCUCUCUCUCUCUCUCGCUCUCUUUCUCUUUCUCUCAAUCGCUCUCUCUCUUUCUCUCUCCAUCCCCCCUCUGUGUAACAAGACGGAGACGGCAGCGUCUGCCUUCAGUCGACAACCCUUUGAGGCCAGCGUUGCUAAGCAACUGAAUGCUACAUUUUGAAACCCAGAUAAUUCUGUCUUUCAAGCAUUCAAAGUACAGAGGCAGAAUGAACAACCAGAUCGAGCUAAAAAUAGACCGGGAGGAGAAAAUAAGCCCAUGCAUUUUAAUAAGGGCUCUAUUCAAUCCGUAUCGUAGAAGUUCAGCGUUACAGCGUGAUUGACAUUUAAAGGCAAUGUUCCCGCCUCAGCAGAGACUGCAUUCAUAGUAAACGCUGCAUAUGUCUGCUCAAUAGGAAAUCAUCUUUACAUUUCUAUCCCGCUAUCUGCAACGCUUCGGCGAUACAGAUUGAAGAGCCCUAAGUGUCAAUAACGAUGGCUCGUAUGUUUUUAUGCAUUUGUUUCGUUUUUUUCGGCAAGCAACAGAGCCAGUCGGUUGAGGAUUAUUUUUCCACAGAGAUAUUUUAGUGGUCGCAGGAGAGAACUGAAAAAGAGAAUCUGGCAGAUACUCUAACGAUAUUUCCUUUAAAAAGUCAUUGAGUUUUGUCAGGGGAGUAAUUUAUUAUGGCUGUCAAAUAAAGCAAAUGGCCACUAAUGCGACCAUUAAACAUGGGAGUAGUUGUCUUUUUGUCUGAAGUCUUUGGAAAUUGGGGAGAAUAUUCUUAGCUCCCGUCCCCUCUCUGGAACCCUUGUACUCUCUGCAUUCACAUUGGUUCCUGAUGAUAACUUAAAGGUCCUAGGUUAAGGAUGGAGAUCACUCACAGAAAGCUCUGUGUGUGGUUGAACAUAAAACACGUUUUUAAUAUGUGGCUCACAUCUACCCGUCUUCAUUUCAGAUAGGGUAUGAGUGGUGGCUUUCAAAUUGUUUUACUGCAGUAGUUUCCUUUGUUUCCCAGCACACCAACAUAACAUUGAGACUUGACGCUUUAAGAUGAUGGAUAGUGCAGUGUGACUUGUCUGAAGAGGUGGAGUAAUCUCCUGUGAGGGACUGAAGCUUAUUGAUUGUUUUCCUGAGGAUUUCUCAAAUUAUUUCAGCUAGUGUUUUGUUAGAUGAAGGAUGGUUAUUGAGUUUUGGUGAGAUUUGUAUGGCUGGAUUGGCUUUUACUAUUUUUGUUCUUGUCGGCCUUUCGUGACUAUGUCAUAAAAUCAAAGAAAGACAAUAAAAAUAUGUCCAUUAUUGAAAUUUCAUCACAUGGAAGAAAGCAAAUGUUUUGAUUCGUCAUAAAAAUGCAAGGUUGUUGUAGUGAGGGCCUCCCAAGUGACGCUGCGGUCUAAGGCACUGCAUCGCAGUGCUUGAGGCAUCAUUACAGCCCUGGGUUCGAUCCCAGGCUGUGUCACAGCCGGCUGUGACUCGGAGACCCAUGAGAUGGCGCACAAUUGACCCAGCGUCGUCUGGGUUAGGGGAGGGUUUGGCCGGCCGGGAUUUCCUUGUCCCAUCGCGCUCUAGCGACUCCUUGUGGCGGGCCGGGCGCCUGCAAGCUGAAUCAGUUGCCAGUCGUACGGGUGUUUCCUCUGACAUAUUGGUGCGGCUGGCUUCCGGGUUUUAGCGAGCAGUGUGUCAAGAAGCAGUGCGGCUUGGCAGGGUCGUGUUUCGGAGGACGCAUGGCUCUCGACCUUCGCCUCUCCCGAGUCCGAACGGGAGUUGCAGCGUGGGACAAGACUGUAACUACCAAUUGGGGAGAAAAAGGGGUAAAAGUAAAAAAAUCUAUAACAUCUCUUCCUCUCCUUCCCUCUGCCUGCCAUUCGGUCACACUCUUAAAUCCCUUGCAGCAGGUUCACUUUUAAUCUGGACUGAUAUGACAUUACCACACACUCAAGCAUACCAAUGGGUUCGCACACACGCACACACACACACACACACACACACACACACACAGAUUACAUCACAUGUCCAUUUUGACCCCUUCUCUAGAUUCUUGAUUGGAUCAGCAAUGAAAUUAAAUUAAAUCAAGCCCAUUCACAGAUAAGAUAACAUCUAGUGUAUCAGAGAGAGAUCUAUGCAGGUUGGCAUUUAUUGUCAUGAAUCUUGCCCUGGAGGCAGCUCUGCAGAGGGGUCACUAGCUGUCACAGCCACUAAGUCAUAAAAUCUGAUUUAAACCUAACCCUAACCAUAACCACACUGCUAACCCUAAUGCCUAACCCUAAAUGUCCUGUGUCCAGUAUUGGAAGCCAAGCUCAGAUAUAGUAAAUCAUCUUACAGCUGGUCUAGUCAAUCAGCAGUCCCAUGCUGCAUGCUGUGACAAAAGCCUAGUAAAGGGGAACAGAGGAUGGGCAUCCUCACAAAUACAAUUCCUGGCCAACACUGUAUCGUAUGUUUUUGCUCUCUCAGACCUCUCCUGAGGGUUGGCAAGGAAAAAUUAAUAUUUUUAGAAUUUAGCUCCAGAGCUGCCUGUUGUUUUAUCUUUUUUCAUAAGCCAAGACCAUGUGAAACACACAUUCCCCUCCCUCCCCCUUUCUCACCAUUCACGCAGCCGUCAUUGGCUUCCCACUGCCGCCCGUCAACAAACCACAGCCCCCAGGGAGAGGGUCUCCAUGGCAACUGCUUUCACCGAAGCAACCCGUCAAAACGUUCAUCUGAGCCGCAUGUUUCAGCACGGCAUUUACAUAGACACGUUCAACUGGGGCCUUGUGUAUUGGGGCUAGAUGUCCUGGGGACCUUUCCAAAACACAGCUAUAGGAUAGAAGGACAACAGAAAUGAUAAUAAUACCACAACUAGAGAACAGAUGUCCUCACACUGAUAAGAUGCAGAUGUGUACCCACGUUCUUUAGUGAGAUGCUGCCUCACUCUUUCUUAUGAUAAUCUGAAAGAAAGUUGACAUGCUAAGAUGGGAUGGUUUAGUGAACAGGUCCUGCCCCAGUGCAACAGCUGGCCAGAAAAGAAAAUAAGCUCCUUUCCCCACAGUUCUCUGGACGAGCAGAGACAGAGAGAGGGACCCUCACCCUCUGAGUCUCAGAUUCAGGAUGUUGAUUACAUCACUAGAUGUACAUUAGAUAACCAUAUGCUGUACACACACACACACACAGUAUAGCCUAUUCCCCCUCAGGAGACUGAAAAGAUUUGGCAUGGGUCCUCAGAUCCUCAAAAAGCUCUACAGCUGCACCAUUGAGAGCAUCCUGACUGGUUGCAUCACCGCCUGGUAUGGCAACUGCUCGGCCUCCGACCGCAAGGCACUACAUAGGGUAGUGCGUAUGGCCCAGUACAUCACUGGGGCCAAGCUUCCUGCCAUGCAGGACCUCUAUACCAGGCGGUGUCAGAGGAAGGCCCUAAAAAUUGUCAAAGACUCCAGCCACCCUAGUCAUAGACUGUUCUCUCUGCUACUGCACGGCAAGCGGUACCAGAGCGCCAAGUCUAGGUCCAAAAGGCUUCUUAACAGCUUCUACCCCCAAGCCAUAAGACUCCUGAACAGCUAAUCAUGGCUACCCAGACUAUUUGCAUUGCCCCUCCACCCCACCCCCACCCCCACCCCCACCCCCCUCUUUUACGCUGCUGCUACUCUGUUUAUUAUUUAUGCAUAGUCACUUUAACUCUACCCACAUGUACAUAUUACCUUGACUAACCGGUGCCCCCGCACAUUGACUCUGUACCGGUACCCACUGUAUAUAGCCUCCCUACUGUCAUUUUAUUUUACUGCUGCUCUUUAAUUAUUUGCUUUUAUUUUUUACUUAUCUAUUUUUUACUUAACACUUAAAAAUAUAUAUAUAUAUAUUUUCAUAAAACUGCAUUGUUGGUUAAGGGCUUGUAAGUAAGCAUUUCACUGUAAUGUCUACACCUGUUGUAUUCGGCGCAUGUGGCAAAUACAAUUUGAUUUGAUUUGACAUUGUAUAGAAGCACACUGUCAUCCUACAGACCUCUAGACCAUAUGGUACCCUCUCCUCUCGGCUUCACACUACAGAUUCAAGGAUCAAAAUCUAAUAUCCUUGAUCACAUGAGAGGUGUGCUCUCUUAAGCCACAGGGAGAAGGUUCAGAAUGGCAUGCUGUCAUAGACUUACAGCACAGCUCAUGGCAUGUAGUGUGCAUACUGUGUAGUAUGUGUCAUGAAGCCUAUGUUUGGUAGUGUGUGUCAUAGAUAAUGUGAUGUGUAGCAUGUAUAUUAUAGAAAGUGUGUGUGGUGUAGAAUGAGUCGUGCAGCAUGCGUCAGACAGCAUGCAUUGUGGGACUGACUAUGUAGGCUACCCAGCGCUGUCUGCCUCAGAGCAGCAGGGCUAUUAAUAGGUUUGGGCUCCCCAGUCGUUAAAGUUCAUUUUCCCCUGCGUCUGAGUACUGAUUUAGCAGCAGUGCCCUGUGCAGCCUCCUCUCCUCUGUUCAUCACGCCGGGGGAACCGAGGGGAAGCUUUCACUAACACUCUCAUAUACACCUGAGGACUGGAGGAGCAGGAACCAGCUGUUCCAUACACAUCCUCCUCAGAGCUCUGCUCCUCUGUUCCUCUCUCUCUACACGUCCCAGGGGGCUAGCAUCUGCUAGCCUGUACAGGUGUCUGGCUGCUUGGAGGAGCAAUUCCAUCGGAGAUCAGUUAUUAAGCUGCGGUGUGUCAGGCGGAUAAAUACGAUUUCUUGGAGUCUGAGCCAGAUCCUGACGCUUAGCUUCAGCAAUUCCUUUAGGACCGUGGAGGAACAAAUCAUAAAAAAACAUCAAGGUGCCUCCUUCAGCUAUAUAUAGCAUUGUAUUCCUUCAGAAAGGAUUGGCUCUGGAAAGCAAUGUGAUGAAAUUGUCAUCCAUUCUUCCAGAAGGCCUACUAUGCUAUUACUGUGCUUGUAUCUGUCCUUUAAGAUAGGAAGGAUGAUGAGAUGGGGACAGGAAAGCAAUGUUAUUGCAAACCAAUGUGGCAGUUGUUUGAUGAUUGUGCUCUGCUUCUGAUCUUGAGCGCCAUGACAUCCAUUUAGUCAGAUUAGCGCAAGACUCUGCUUUCCUUCCCCCUCUGCUGUUGUUGUUGACUAUCCUUUUCCACCUCCAUUCUCUCUCUCUCUCUGUAGACAGAGAGAGAGGUAGGAUCUGUGUCUAAAUGUGUUGUACUGUUAUCUCUCUCCCUGAGCCAUCCAUGAGUUUCCAGAAGAUAUCUUUACCAAGGAGGAGCUGAAAGGAGGAGCAGUGUUGUUACAUGUGCUGUGUGUGAGUGUCCCAUAACACACAACGCAGAGAACACACCUGUUUAACACACCUCACAAAACAACCAUGAUACCAUGAUACUGCAGUUUUGCGGCCACACCCUUAGUGCAAUACCAUCUGUUCAGAUGCGAUCAGACUUCAUAAUAUAAUUUAUCUGCCAAUCACAGUGAAGUACACCUGCCUAAAUGAACUGAAUUACGUAAACACUUCCUUAUCACAUCCUUUACGGCCUGUAUCUCUAUUUUUAUCUGUUGCGCUACCUUUUAGGCUAUCUACAUGUUCUACGCUCUUGCUAUUGUCUGUGAUGACUACUUUGUCCCUUCCCUGGAGAAAAUAUCAGAGGUGAGAAAACCAACAGCACCAAUUAACUUACAGGAUACAAGAAGAGGGAGGCACCAUAUCCUGCUUUUUAUCACUCUAUUACUACUUUUAGUUGAACCAUUUAAAAUAGAAACUUUGUGUAAGACAGGCUGAAGAGGAUUUCUGUUAUCAUGUAUUUCUACAAAGAUAUAGUGCUUCUUGAACAAGUAUUCUGAUUGUGUGAGAAUGUUCCCCCUCCUCUCUCUGUCCCUGUCAGAACCUGCAGCUCAGUGAGGAUGUGGCAGGGGCAACCUUCAUGGCUGCAGGGAGCUCAGCACCAGAGCUCUUCACCUCUCUCAUUGGUCAGUUCUUAAUCACUCUGUAUUUCACCUCAUAUUUCCUGAUAUCAGUGGCCAAUAUUGUGUCAAUGAACACGAUCCAUUAUGCCCAACACUGGAUGAUACAAAUGGCCCAUAACUUGGAUCUUCAAUCCAUCCCAAUGAACAUGUUUGUGUAUCAUGUAAUGCCACAAAUAUCCAUCUGAUGUCAGCAGAGUCAAUAUGAAUAGUCUUUCAUUCUACAUCAAGGUAUAAAACGCAUUGGGAUAACCACUGGUUUCAUCCUCUAAAAUGUCAUUGUCACUACAGCCCCUCCCACGCCUCUCUUUCCAUCUCAGGUGUGUUCAUCACUAAAGGCGACGUGGGGGUCGGUACCAUCGUGGGCUCAGCGGUCUUCAACAUCCUGGUCAUCAUUGGUGUUUGUGGCAUCUUUGCGGGCCAGGUACAAACCUUUCAAAGACUACACACCUUUAUGGUCUUAUCAGUGUGGCUAUGGCUGAAGAGCUCAUGAAUACAUGGAAACAUAUUUUAGAAAUUCUCCUACACAUGCACUGGCUGAGUGAACCUGAGGACUUCACCUUGAUUUAGCUGUGUGUUGGUUGUCUGUUAGUGGAAUCUCUCUCUGUGUGUCUCCCCUGCAGACGGUGGUUCUGACAUGGUGGUCUCUGUUCAGGGACUCCACCUACUACAUCUUCUCUGUGCUGGCUCUCAUCAUGGUGAGGCAGACAAGGGAGGGAGGAGGGGAAAUUAAGACCACACAAUUAAAUGCAUUUAGAGACCAGUAUACAGUAGCUUACUUGUGCUCUACAAUUAUGGUUCUGUAUAAACUGCCUGUCCAUAGUGAAAUGCAGAUGUGACUAUUUUAAUGUGUUAACUUUCUCUUUGUAGGUUAUCUACGAUGCAAAAGUUGUCUGGUGAGUUUUAUCAUGAUUAAUUGAUGAACCUAUACAUAAUUUACUUUUCUGCCAAAAGUCUCAAUGUUACAUGUCAGAAUUGUAAAAGUAUAGUAAAAUAGCAGUUUACUGGUUUUAGGUGGUAGUUGAACUGUUUACUGGUUUUAGGUGGUAGUUGAACUGUGUUUUUCUCUGAUUGAGCUGUUUACUGGUUUUAGGUGGUAGUUGAACUGUGUAUUUCUCUGAUUUAACUGUUUACUGGUUUUAGGUGGUAGUUGAACUGUUUACUGGUUUUAGGUGGUAGUUGAACUGUUUACUAGUUUUAGGUGGUAGUUGAACUGUUUACUGGUUUUAUGUGGUAGUUGAACUGUUUACUGGUUUUAGGUGGUAGUUGAACUGUUUACUGGUUUUAGGUGGUAGUUGAACUGUUUACUGGUUUUAGGUGGUAGUUGAAUGGUGUAUUUCUUUGAUUGUAGGUGGGAGGCCGUGCUCCUAAUGACCAUGUAUGGAGUUUACAUUCUUAUCAUGAAGUGAGUACGCUGAGACCCCUCUCACAAGAGUCCUCAAAUCACAGAGCAUGUAGCUAGUGACGAUUGUUGUGUUUCUCAUAUGACAGAUGUUUUGUGGUUUCAGGUUCAACUCCCAGAUCAGGGGAUGUGUGCAACAUCGGUUUGUGGGCCCGGGUCAGUGCUGCCUUGUCAGUGAGGGACUCAGAGAUGAGGAGAUGGCAGAGGACGGACCCACAUGUAACACCAACAUGGUGCUGCUCAGGAAAGGUCUGUCUGGACUGGAGCUCCAUACAGCUCUCACUGUCUGAGUGUUAGAAGCUGUGACUGUUAUUGAUUUGUUGUGCUCAUGACAAGUCUCACAGUGCAUUAUAACCGCAUCAUAAUGCAUUAUACCUGCCUGUCGGCUUUAGGUAAAGUGUUACCCCUCUUCCCAUCCCUUACUCACCCUGCAGGCCAACCCCAGGGUCAGGAGUCUCCUCCGGUGGUGAUGGUGGACGAGCUCCUGAUCCUCAACCCCCACCAGCUGUCCUUCUCUGAGGCCGGCCUGCGCAUAAUGAUCAGCCCCCACUUCUCCCCUCGCACCAGGCUCACCAUGGCAGGCCGCGUGCUCAUUAGUGAGGUACUGGACUCAGACUGGAGGAACAUCAGCAAGGGGUAACAUUAGCCACUAUGGAGCACUAAUGUGCACUCUCUCUCUCUCUCACACAGAGACAAAGGUUGAUCAGGGAUCCCAACAGCCAGCUGGACGGGGAGGCCAGCCCAGGGGCAGGGGGCACCCCUCUGAAGGGGUUGGGCUCUGGAGGUCUGGAGAAUGGGGGCAGUGUGGAGAAGCAGACCCCUGAUGGGGCCAGGUUAGGGGAUGCAGGGGGGGAGAAGCCAGGAGCGGAUGUAUGUCACGCUGAGGAAGAGGAGGAUGAUGAUGAUGGGCCAUUCAGGCCUCUGCAUUGGCCAGGUGAUAUAACGAAAUCUGAAAAUACUCUUGAUACAUUCAGUAACAUUAUAAAAUGUGUCUCUAAGUGGCCACUCACCUCUCCAAACUGUGCACAGUUCCUAAGUAAUUUCAAUGCACUUUUAUGACUAAAAGAAGAGUCUUCAACUAUAAGGUGCUUUUUUGUGCUCUCCUAGCUGUGCCGUUGAGGAACUAGAGCAAGCACACUGGUAGUUGUUUCAUUUGGAACACAACACUGCAUCCCCCAUCACACAAUUACUGUUGUUUACGCAAUCCAAAAACGGUUCAUUAUAAAUCGCAAUCUAUUGACAACAUCACUAAGUUAUGAAAUAUGAUCUUGUUAGGCUUGUGUCAGGCUUUCACAAGGCAAUUCAGAGAAACAGAUCGUAAUUUUGGUGCCCAAUGCCAUAGAAAGGUGUCAUGACUGCAUUCAGUUGCGUGUACCACGGCAAAUCUUCUUCCCAAUAAACAAACAUAGGCUCAUUCUGUUCAGAACAACCCAGGUCAUCUUGUAACUGUACAUCAAACACAGUGAUCAUAAACAUUGACACUGUAUAUGACGAGUUUUAGGAUUUGCACAUUUGGACUCACAGGUGUUUGGAUUGCUUUUAUGACAUCAAAGCGGUAUUUAUUAUAAUUCUCAACGUCUCAUCUUUCAAAAUACAUUGAGUCAUCUUAAUAUACAGCAUUUCCCUCACUCAGACAACAACAAAUGUGUAAAAGUUGCCCAAUUAGCUGGAGGGAUGGGGGGCAACUUCUUGUUGCGCGAGGUGCUCACGUUCAGAAUGGCUGUCAGUCAAAACCAUACAGCGCUGUGAACCGCAUAGCCAGAGCUCUGACGUCAUGUAUAGCAUGUUAUCGUACAGCCACUAUGUUCCAAUUUAAGCGCUUAUUAGUGCCCAAAUCUGCCAUUUUCAACCCGUAAAUGGGUAUGAGUGUAAAGGGCUACAGACAAUUUCCCUGACGUUCGCUGAAAUUGCAUUUGAGGAAAACACAGUGGAUGUCAGCUCUGGUAUGUUCUGGUCUGUGACCGACAGUAUAUUGUUGUUCGUGUGUGUGGCAGGUGGUUGCUGUGCGCGGGUCAAGUGGCUGAUCUCGUGGCCCCUGGGCCUGCUGCUGUACUGCACUGUGCCAAACUGUGUGUACCCACGCUGGCACCGCUGGUUCAUGGUCACCUUCGUAGCCUCCACCCUGUGGAUAGCCAUCUUCUCCUACCUCAUGGUGUGGAUGGUAAGGACCUCAUGGUGUGGAUGGUAAGGACCUCAUGGUGUGGAUGGUAAGGACCUCAUGGUGUGGAUGGUAAGGACCUCAUGGUGUGGAUGGUAAGGACCUCAUGGUGUGGAUGGUAAGGGCCCACAGCAGAGCCUUACGGCCGCAUGGGAACUUCUCCAGGCCAGGCUUUCUACAAGCUUGAAAUGUUCCAGGAAUUGUAGGAUGGUAUUUGAGAGGGUGAGUGUGUGUGGUGUAUCUGUCUCUAAACUAGCUAUGUGUGCCCACCAGGUCACCAUCAUCAGCUACACACUAGACAUCCCAGACUACAUCAUGGGGAUCACCUUCCUGGCAGCGGGCACCAGCGUGCCAGACUGCAUGGCCAGCCUCAUUGUAGCUCGGCAAGGUACCCGUCAUCCUCUCUUUUCUACUUUCUCUCAUCUUCAGACUCCUGACCAGCCUCUUAACAUCCUGGUGGUGUAGUGUAGACAGUUGUGCUUUAGUUUGACUUUACUUUCCAUUUCUCCUCAGGUAUGGGGGACAUGGCGGUGUCUAACUCCAUUGGCAGUAAUAUCUUUGACAUCCUGUUGGGGCUGGGUUUCCCCUGGGCUCUGCGCACUCUGGUGGUGGACAACGGAUCAUCGGUGGGUACUCAUUUAUUAAAACUCUCUAUCUCUAUGGACAUUUAACAAUCGUCAACAUCUGACCCCUCUAACCCUCCUCUUCCUCACAGGUCUACAUCAAUAACAAGGGCCUGGUGUAUUCUGUUGUCCUGCUGUUGGCCUCUGUCUUCCUCACAGUAAGUGUGUGUGCAUAAGUUCGUGCCUCCAUGGAGUUCACCAUGAGUUACUCUUGCACUGGACAUCUGGUUCUGAGCAUCAUUUAACCACAUAACAGUCCAUACCACACAGUACGAUCAUAGUUUUACUGGUAUUAAGCUUUUUACAAGACAUUUGUUAUUGACCACAAGCAGAAUGGCGACAGGCAGAGCACAGUAUAGUACAGUCUUUCUGGAGCAGGGUGUGGUUCCAUCUACUGUUCCGGUGUUAUGAUAAUGAUGGUUUGUACCAUUGUGGCUACCAUUACAGCUCCAUCUAGUUGUCGCGUCGUGGAUUAAAGUUGUUGACAACUGUAGCAUUUUAGCUAAGCCUAACUAACCCUUUUCCUUACCUAUACAUCAGUCUCCUAACCUGCCACGUUAGACCUCCUAACCUGCCACAUCAGUCUCCUAACCUGCCACGUUAGUUCUCCUAACCUGCCACAUCAGUCUCCUAACCUGCCACGUUAGUUCUCCUAACCUGCCACGUUAGUUCUCCUAACCUGCCACGUUAGUUCUCCUAACCUGCCACGUUAGUUCUCCUAACCUGCCACGUUAGACCUCCUAACCUGCCACGUUAGUUCUCCUAACCUGCCACGUUAGUUCUCCUAACCUGCCACAUCAGUCUCCUAACCUGCCACGUUAGUUCUCCUAACCUGCCACAUCAGUCUCCUAACCUGCCACGUUAGUUCUCCUAACCUGCCACAUCAGUCUCCUAACCUGCCACGUUAGUUCUCCUAACCUGCCACGUUAGUUCUCCUAACCUGCCACAUCAGUCUCCUAACCUGCCACGUUAGUUCUCCUAACCUGCCACGUUAGUUCUCCUAACCUGCCACGUUAGUUCUCCUAACCUGCCACAUCAGUCUCCUAACCUGCCACGUUAGUUCUCCUAACCUGCCACGUUAGUUCUCCUAACCUGCCACAUCAGUCUCCUAACCUGCCACGUUAGUUCUCCUAACCUGCCACGUUAGUUCUCCUAACCUGCCACGUUAGUUCUCCUAACCUGCCACAUCAGUCUCCUAACCUGCCACGUUAGUUCUCCUAACCUGCCACGUUAGUUCUCCUAACCUGCCACAUCAGUCUCCUAACCUGCCACAUCAGUCUCCUAACCUGCCACGUUAGUUCUCCUAACCUGCCACAUCAGUCUCCUAACCUGCCACGUUAGUUCUCCUAACCUGCCACGUUAGUUCUCCUAACCUGCCACGUUAGUUCUCCUAACCUGCCACGUUAGUUCUCCUAACCUGCCACGUUAGACCUCCUAACCUGCCACGUUAGUUCUCCUAACCUGCCACGUUAGUUCUCCUAACCUGCCACAUCAGUCUCCUAACCUGCCACGUUAGUUCUCCUAACCUGCCACAUCAGUCUCCUAACCUGCCACGUUAGUUCUCCUAACCUGCCACAUCAGUCUCCUAACCUGCCACGUUAGUUCUCCUAACCUGCCACGUUAGUUCUCCUAACCUGCCACAUCAGUCUCCUAACCUGCCACGUUAGUUCUCCUAACCUGCCACGUUAGUUCUCCUAACCUGCCACGUUAGUUCUCCUAACCUGCCACAUCAGUCUCCUAACCUGCCACGUUAGUUCUCCUAACCUGCCACGUUAGUUCUCCUAACCUGCCACAUCAGUCUCCUAACCUGCCACGUUAGUUCUCCUAACCUGCCACGUUAGUUCUCCUAACCUGCCACGUUAGUUCUCCUAACCUGCCACAUCAGUCUCCUAACCUGCCACGUUAGUUCUCCUAACCUGCCACGUUAGUUCUCCUAACCUGCCAUGUUAGUUCUCCUAACCUGCUAUUUAAACAAACCACCAGUGCCGACAAACCAUCAGUAUCACAACACCAGUGCUAGACAAGUUAAAUUGUGUGGCUCCAUCUAUUACUCAAUCACCCAGUCAUAGCCAAGCUAGUCCUCUCUCUUUACCUCAUGCAACCUUUCUUUCCAAUUUCCACUCAACCCCUGUUCUCUCUUCACCUCCCCCUCUUCCCUAUCAGGUCAUGAGUGUCCAUCUGAACCACUGGAAGCUGGACCGCCGGCUGGGCCUGGGGCUUAUAUUACUCUAUGCCAUCUUCCUGCUCUGCUCCAUCUUCUUUGGGCAGAUGUGAGGCUGACGAUGGGGUCAAAGGCCAACCCUGAUUUGCCUUCCUGUCAGCUGCCAUGUCCAGGAGUCCUCUGUCUCCCUGAGAUACUCUGUCCUAAAGCCAAAAAAAAAACAGCCUCAGCUACAUUGUGCUAAAGUUAACGUGAUGUACCACAAACAGGAUAUGCUUGGGUGACAUUGCACACAAACACACACACACACACAUUUUACUAUCCUUGUGGGGACCUACAAUUGAUUUCCAUUCCAAAUCCAAUUUUCCCUAACCCCUGCCUUAACCCUAAAAUAGCCUUUGUCGACAAGGGAGAUUUUCCUUGUUUUACUAUCCUUGUGGGGACUUUGGGGGAUAUCUGGUACCCACGAGGAUAGUCACACACACACACACACGUUAUGUUCUUCUAUCCUUGUGGGGACCUAAAAUUCAUUUCCAUUCAAAAUACUAUCUUCCCUAACCCUAACUCCUAACCCUAAACCAACCACUAACCACUUACCCGUACCCUAGCCCUAAUUCUAACCUUAAUUGUAACCCUAACCCUAAACCUAAGCUUAAAAUAGCCUUUGUCCUCAUGGGGACGUGGGAAAUGUCCACACGGGGAGAAUAUUCCUUGUUUCACUAUCCUUGUGGGGACUUUUGGAGAUUGUAGGUCCCCACAAGGAUAUAAGAAUCAACCCACAUACACACACACACACACACACACACAGCAGUCUUUUCUAUAGCACAAACCUUUUUCAUCCGAAGUUUGGUGUUUUAAUACAUAGCAACACCUAAUGUUCAGCAGUGACCAAUGGGAAAAAUAAUACAGUAGACUAAUCCUGGUUUCUUGACCAUACGUUUGGAACACCCGUGUUUGUUUUGAAUGUACGCCCUAGCUGAUGUUACCUUGUUGUGUGGUGAUACCGUGUGUACAUUUGUGCAAAUGUGUAGCAGUGCUGGGGUACAGUGGAGCAUAGAACUGUCAGUAAGGUACUAUGAACGAAGCAAUAAGAAAAAAUAGACGGCGUUAAUGUGUAAUAGACUUAUAAUAGAGGAAGUAUUCGUAAGAGAUGCAGAUUAUUAUGUGACUAGAAUUUGUAAAGUGACUGAUCUAGUUCCUCCAAAGAGGAUUUAUGAAUAAUUUUUUGCCUCACUGCUUUUGAACAAGUACUGUUACAAACUAAGUAAAUAAUAGGCUAACGUGAAAUCUACGAUUUUUAGCAUUUUUAGAAGUGUUAUUACUAUUGACUACAUGUUUCUAUGAGUGUCACAACCUUUGAUAACAUGCGUACGGGUCUGUUGUAAUAGUUCACUACGUUUGGGGACGAUCAGUGUUUGUAUUACUGUACAAUGAUUAUUAGGUCUACAAGAGCAUACUUUUUACUGUUUCUAAAUGUUUACUAAAUAUUUUACAUAGUUUUACAAAAAAUUAAUGUCAGACAGACUAGACUUGUGGUGUUUUUGAUAUAAGAACUAAAUAACAUAUUCUUCCCAUGGUAUUUGUGAGAAUAUCUUAUACUGUAACUGAAAAAGUAUGUAUAUUUGUGUCACUUUGUAUAGUGAUACUAAAGACUGACACUUCAGAUCAGCACACUCCACCUAGAUCUGAUGAAAGGAGAAUAAGGUUAUAUCGAAUUAUGUCACUUUCUAAACCACUAUUCUAUUUAAACCAGCUUAGAUCCUAUUUAGCACUGAACCACCUUGAUUUAGUAUCGUUAUUUAUUAUUUCCAAGAGAUUUUAUAUAUUUCCUCUGUCAAGUGCUUGUGAUUACAAUACUUAUUGGUUUGCUCUGCAAAAUAGUAUAUUCUGAAAAACAAAUAGGUAUUUAUUUACAUAAUUAUUUCCUGAAAUAAUUUAGAUUUCAGAUCAGAUCAAAUGACUCAAACUUUUUUGCCAAAUGAAAGGACUGCAGAAUAUACUCUUUAUGUGAUCGAACUAUUACACUGAACAAAAAUAUAAA